AUGUAUAAGUUAAAUUCAACUAAAAUUAAUGCCUUGACUCGUUCAAAGUCAAUUUCGUCAGUUUCCCCUUUCUUCAAUCCUGAUAGAUCAGACGCUGGCGCUCACAAAUCCUUAGCGUCAAAGUAUGAUGCAACUGAAAGAUUACUUAAGUUAGAGAGCAUGAAAUCACCAAGAUUUGUUGGUUCUGGCCUGUUUGGGUCUAAUUUAGAAGCUGGCUCAUCUUUAGUAUCUGGUUCCUCUUUUUAUUCUGAAGAAAGUUCUGGUAGUUUGUCGUCUGCAAAGCGUUACCACAAAGUCAUAAAUAACGCUCAUUUGAAGGAUAUUUCCCAAGUUACUACUUUACCUUCUUAUAAUUUAUUGAAGCAGAAUGCCAUUACAAGUAGCAACAAAUCAUUGAAGUUACUUGAAAAAUUAACUCAGUGCCAAAUGGGACAGGAUGUGAACAAUACGUCUUCACCUGAAAUUGAGUUAGAAUCAUAUGAACAACUUUUAGAAGAAGAGUAUACUCUUGACGAUUCACUUAGAGGAAUUACAGUUAAAACACCUCUGUUACAAAAGGUUAAGAGUAUAGGUAAGAUAACUUCUAUUGGUAUUAAUUUGAAACAACUGUCACAAGAAGAUUAUUCUCUUGAUGAUUCACUUAGAGGAAUUAGAGCCAUCAAUCUGUUACAGAAGGCAAAGAGUAUUCGUAAGAUAAAUUCCACUAGUAUUAAUUUGAAACAACUGUCACGAGAAGAUUAUUCUCUUGAUGAUUCACUUAGAGGAAUUAGAGCCAUCAAUCUGUUACAGAAGGCAAAGAGUAUUCGUAAGAUAAAUUCCACUAGUAUUAAUUUGAAACAACUGUCACGAGAAGAUUAUUCUCUUGAUGAUUCACUUAGAGGAAUUAGAGCCAUCAAUCUGUUACAGAAGGCAAAGAGUAUUCGUAAGAUAAAUUCCACUAGUAUUAAUUUGAAACAACUGUCACAAGAAAAUUAUGCUCUCGAUGAUUCAAUUGGAAGAACUCCAGCUAAAAUAUUAUCUGCUGGUUCUCCUGAAAGAGACUUUACAAAGUCCAAUUAUAUUGGUCAAUCUAAGAAAAGAAUACCUCUUAGACGAAAGAAUAAUUUGAAGGAUGAACAAAUAAGUAAGUUUUCAACAUUAUCUAAAGAAAAUGGUUCUUUGGAGAAAUCUCAAUUGUUACCUUUGUCAUCCAGUAAAGGUGAUGCUAGUUUUUACGAUAACCUUAAUCUUAUUCCACCUAAAGAUUUUGUUGGUGAGAUUUCGUAUUCUCAAGCAAAAAAUGUCGACUCUAAUUCUAAAACCACUCCAAAACUAGAACAAUCAAAAUUAUCUAGUUUUUAUGAAAAUAACAAUAAUAUUCAUUCUAAAGGUUUUGUUUGUGAUGUUUCAUGUUCUCAAACCAUCAGUGUCGACUCCGAUUCUAAAACCACUCCAAAACUAGAACAAUCAAAAUUAUCUAGUUUUUAUGAUAAUAACAAUAAUAUUCAUUCUAAAGGUUUUGUUUGUGAUGUGUCGUGCAUCACUGGUGAUGACUCUGAUUCUAAAGCCACUCCAAAGGUAGAACAACCGAAGUUGCCUAAAGACUUAGACCCUCCUAAAGACUUAGAACCCCCCAAAGCUAUUAACAGAAAAGGAAAAUUUAAAACUUUUUUUAAUAGAAAGACUGGUGAUGGAGUUAAUAUUAAAAGUCAUGGGUUUAGAUAUAAUGUUAGGAAAUUUGCAGCCGAAUUUGCACAAGCUGAUCAGAGGUUUAAGAAAUGUCAAGUACUGUCACCACAGAAGAACAUUGUUACCGCAGCUUUAGAUUCUUCUGAGAAAUUGGAUCCAAAUUCAAAGAAUAAAACUAUUUCUCAUAAGUCCAAGUCCUCCUCAAAAGCUCGUACGUCUAAGUCACAUAGAAAGAGCUUUCAAAAAGUUAUUAAGAAAGGAAAUUUCAAAUCCUUUAUGAGGAGAAAAGCUAUCAGGGACCAUAGAUUUAGAAAUAAAUUAAAAGAUUUUGCUGGUGAAUUUGUUCCAUUACUGGUUUAUAUCUGGAUGCAGAGCCAUAGAUUUUCUUCUUCCAAAAAUACUAAAGGAAAUUCAAAAAAGGCUAAUGCUGUUAUUGAGCUGGAGAAGUAUAUUUAUGAAGAAUUACAACUGGAGUCAUUCUCUUCUCUUUAUGAUACUUUUGCUCAUAUAAAUAUUAUGGCUGAUACUGCCCGUACAUCAGCAGUUAGGAGACUUCCUCUAAAAGUAAAGCCAGUCAAAAAAUCCUUGGUUGAAAUUCCUGAAUCUAAAACCGAGAGAGUUAAGUCUUUCUUUAGAAAGCACACUGGUAACAGGUACAAUAAUAAAUUUUUGAAUUUAUUUAAGAAGAAAGGAGAAGAUCCAGUUACUCCUGAUAAUUCAAUUUAUUCUGAUUGUUCCAGUGGUAGUGAUAAUUAUUAUGAUGAUUACGAGGAUUCUGAAACUUUACCAUUUAAUUUUGUUGAUUUAUUAAAUACUUCAAGAGGGGACCUUCCAGGCAUGUUAAAGAGUCCAUCAGAUCAAUUUGAAUCUGAAGUAGAAGUUCCUUCAUUCAAUGUUGAUGAUUUCUUGGAGUGUUCAUCCAUGAAUGGUAAUGAUUCACUUGAUCAAUUAAAUGUUGAUAAGAAUCCUCAGGUUUCUAAUAUUGUCAAGGGUGAAAUUCCCAAAACUUCCAGUAAUAGAAUCAUGAAUAAUCUCAAAUCUGGAUUCAGAGGCUUUUUUAAGCUGAAAUAG